UAAAACUUUUAUUCCCUCACAAGACACAAUUUUGUGCUGCCGCUUUCCACACACAACACGCCGCACAGGCUGCAACUGAUUGCGUCAUACAAUAUGCGCCGCUAACUGCGCAGUUCCGCCCUCACCAGCCUGUCGGUCUUUCUGAUUGGCCUGUUCGUUAUUUGUGCCGCCUGUCCUGCUACGGAAAGCGGUUGGGGCCACGCCUCAUUGUAGACUAGUACAAUGAGACGUAGUGGAACUCGGACUCCGCCUCUCCUUCCUUUGGCUCCGCCCUUUCACUGUAGCGAUUGUUCCACGUGGUCCCGCCCAGUGUUGGUGUGUGAACAGCAGCCUGUGCUCCAUGAUCAGCAGCUGGAGGCAGAUCUUUCGGGUAACGGCUGCAGCCAUGACUGGGCCCAGACCUGUUGUGCUGAGCGGACCCUCCGGUGCAGGGAAAAGCACCCUCCUGAAGAUGCUCAUGAGAGAAUUUGAAGGACUGUUUGGCUUUUCAGUUUCACAUACCACGAGAAAGCCCCGGCCUGGGGAAGUUGAUGGGAAAGAUUACCACUUUGUGACUCUGGAGGACAUGAAGAGGGGAGUAGAGAGAGGGGACUUUAUAGAACAUGCAGUGUUUUCGGGCAACAUGUAUGGGACCAGUACAGCCGCCGUGCAGGCCGUCCAGGCCAAUAAUCAGAUCUGUAUACUGGACAUCGACAUGCAGGGAGUGAAGAGCAUCAAGAAGACCCGUCUGAAUCCCAUUUACAUCUCCAUUCACCCUCCGUCCGUUCAGAUAUUAGAACAGCGGUUGCGAGACAGAAAUACAGAGUCGGAGGAAAGUUUACAGAAGAGACUGAACGCAGCCAUCGAAGACCUGGAGAUCAGCAAAGAGCCGGGCCUGUUUGAUGCCGUUAUUGUUAAUGAUGAUUUAGAGGAGGCAUACAAUAAACUGAAGGGGAUUCUGGCAAAAGAGAUCAAACAAGUCCAAAGCGGCAAGAAUUCCUGACUAAAGCACAAUCCGCUUCCCGUGGCUCCUCCCAUUACCACAAGCAUUCCUGGCGGUAUUUCUCCUCUACAAAACAUCCAUUUCCAAUCAUAGGGCCCCGGCCAGUAGGAAAAUAAAUGUAGAAACCCCCCUAUCCAUUAGCAGGUCCUGUUGACUCUUUAUACACCAGUAAAGCAAAAGUCAGAGCCAGUAUUUCAUACCAGCCAAUGAAAUGUCUCCUUUCAUCUUCAUCACUCAUAGUGAGCUGCUUACUGCCCCUGUGAUUACUGACAUGUCUGUCAUGUUACUUUACAACUCCCAGAGUCUCUCCUGCUGUAUUAUAAGUGCUCAGAACACUCUCAAGUCUUCCAUGCGUCCCUCCUGCUGCUUCCUGAUUGUUUCCUAAGGAAAUGGGCUGGACCACUCCCACCAUAUAGGGGGGGCAAUACCAUUCUGAGCACAAUCAUGAAAUACCUUCAACCCUGUUUUAUAGCAGCCGAUUGUUUUCUAAUUGGUGUAACGACUUAAUCUGCAUAAUAAAUCAUUGGCACCACAGGCCCCUCCGCUCUUGGCCUUUUUAAGAAUAAUUCUUCACGUAAUCAACUUUAAUCGUAUAUACGGGACUUUAUUUCACUUAUUUAUAAGGUAGCUGUUACUUUAAAAAAUUUAAAUGUGUUCUGUACGCUCCGUCUACUUAAUUAAUGGUCAGACUCACUUCAAUCCAACGCUUUAUGAGAGGCGGGUGCUUUCCUUGAAGAGAAACAAAAUUUAAUUUGAGAGCAUUCCCCCUCCCCAUCUAUCCCACCCUCCGAUAUCCAGGAGAGGAAAAAGGACAGAUGAUGGAAUAAUUCCCCUUUAAACCAGGGUGGGGUAAGUGGGUGAGGCCUGUAGGGGGCAUUUAAAUGUAUUAAGAGGUCAUCCUGUUGUAAUGCAGUAGCCAAAAAUGUUUUAUAAAAAUAAAAAAAUCUUUAUUAGGA